UUUCGAGUUGAUACCAGACCGACACAUUGGCACUGGAGGAGAAAAAACAAACGAAGUUAGUCAUUUUGUGUUAUUGCGCUGGUGGUGGUCUGAUCAAGGCGAUUGGGAAUAUUUGUGACGAUUAUGAUCCUCUGCAAAUAGUGGCUGUAUACGUGUGAUGACAUUGCUGCAAACUGGUGGAGAGCGAUGCAGUGACACCAUCAUGGACAAAGCCACAAUCUGGAAUUUCACAGAAUUCUCAACUCUCUGAUUUUCAUGUGAUUUUCUGAAGACUCGUGUAGACUAAGGCUGAUGACUGACCUGAUAUCAGACUCCUUGGACAUGAUGUCGGUGUGUGUGCAGUCAUCCUGUAACUCCAGCCCCUCUGUGGAUGUGGCCAAUCACAACAAUGACUCCCCGGUGAGCCCUCCCACCUCGCUGAGUCUGCGUUCCUCCCACAACCAGCUGCUGAGCAGCGAACUCCUGAAGCAGGGCUCGUCCACGCCCCCCAAGUGUCGCAAGAAGUACGCGCUCACCAGCAUCCAGACCGCCAUGGGCCUGGGCCUGGGUCUGGACGAAGCGCCAGCCAACGCCCCCGCCACUGAGCCCACCACUGAGUCCGCCUCCAACCCCAAACACGCAAAGAACGGAGCCAAUCAGCUGCGCAAGGCUGCCGAGCAGCAAGACCUCAACAAGAACACCGACGAGCACGUCGCACACAAAAACGGCGAGGCCGAGCUCAACCCGGACGAUCCGGAGCUCAGCGCCGAGCUGGACUCCCACAUGGACCUGGACUCCAACACGCUGAGCGAAUCCGUGUCCAGCUUGGAGGCAGCAGACCUGAACACCACAGCGGAGGAGGAGGAGGAGGAGGACCGCAUCUCCAAUGCUUCGCUGGCCGAAUCAGAGGACCUGCUCAUCCUGCCCGAACUGCACAAGCAGGACGACGACAAAAAGGACGUGAAGAAGUCUCCAACGUUGGACAGGAAGUCACCUUCCCUGGACAAAGACUCACCCUCUGUGGACAAGAAGUCGCCCUCUGUGGACGAGAGCAGGAGCCUGCUGGAAGGGGAUGAUGUACCCGAACAGGAAGUGACUCAGCCUCUGUUGAAGCAGCCCCGCCCUCCGUCCCUGCCCAAGCAGCCCAGCUCUGAGGAGACGCCUCUGCUCUCGUCCUCCUCUUCCUCCUCCCCGGAGGUGAAGAAGGACCGGCCGCGCACAGGGGCCAAGACAGACUGUGCCCUCAACCGCAUCCAGAGCCUGGUCCCCAGCGACGAGGAGUCCAGCUGGACCACACUCUCCCAGGACAGCGCCUCGCUGGGCUCUCCAGAGGAGAACGAUAUCUGGAGUGAGCAGGCAUGCCAUACAGACCCGGAUCUCCCCCCAGGAUGGAAGAAGAUCACCGACAUGGCGGGCAUCUACUACUGGCACAUCCCCACUGGCACCACCCAAUGGGAGCGCCCCGCCUCCAAACCCACGCCCCCCAGUGCCAUGCCCACCUGUGCUCGGACCGCACGCAAACACUCCUCCAGCUCCCUCACGCCCUCCCCCACACCAGACCAGGAGGCUGAGGUGUUCUUCAGAGAUCCGUCUCUGCGCUCGGGCAGCACCACCUCCGAGAGCUCCGUGGAGCCCGUGCCUGUGUCAGACGUGGAGCUGCCCACCUGCGGAUUUGUCAACAGCUGCUACUUUCCACGUUCCUCAUCACUGCAUCUCAUGGCCGAUCAAGAUCAACACCCUCAGACACAACACUCCCAGGAAAAGAAACAGUCGUGGAGUGAGUUUGCUUUGGGCACAGGCGGAAAGAUUGAUAGUGAGAUCUGGAAGGACCUGCAGGCAGCCACAGUCACCCCGGACCCCAGCCUCAAGGAGUUUGAGGGAGCGACCCUGCGCUACGCUUCCUUAAAGCUGAGAAACCCACCACCUGUGGAGGAGGAGGACUCUAGCAGCGUCAACAGUGACCCCGAGGCCAAGUGUUUUGCGGUGCGAUCCCUUGGAUGGGUAGAAAUGGCAGAGGAGGACCUGGCUCCAGGAAAAAGCAGCGUUGCUGUGAACAAUUGCAUCCGCCAGCUGUCCUACUGCAAGAAUGACAUCCGAGACACAGUGGGCAUCUGGGGAGAGGGGAAGGAUAUGUACUUGGCGUUGGAGAACAACCUGUUGAACCUAGUGGACCCAAUGGACCGCAGCGUCCUGCACUCGCAGCCCAUCGUCAGCAUCCGUGUGUGGGGUGUGGGCCGCGACAACGGCAGAGAGAGGGAUUUUGCGUAUGUAGCACGAGACAAGGACACCCGUAUUCUGAAAUGUCAUGUGUUCCGCUGUGACACACCUGCCAAAGCCAUUGCCACCAGUCUACACGAGAUCUGCUCCCGGAUCAUGGCGGAGCGCAAGCUUGCAAAAGCAGCCGUGGGCGGAGCCCUGCAUGAGCGACAGACAGGAAUAGAUCUCCCUCUUGCAGCUGAGUUCCCCACUCCAAAGACUGAACUUGUGCAGAAGUUCCAGGUUCUGUAUCUGGGGGUGAUGCAAGUGGCCAGACCCAUUGGUAUGUGUAUGGACAUUCUAAAUGAUGCCAUAGACAGCCUGAUGACAGCAUCACCGCGUGACACCUGGAGCCCAGUCAUGCUGAAUGUAGCUGAUGCCACUGUCACUGUCAUUAAAGACAAGGAGGAUGAGGAGGUGCUGGUGGAGUGUCGUGUGCGCUUCCUCUCCUUCAUGGGGGUUGGGCACGACGUCCACGCCUUCGCCUUCAUCAUGGACACGGGCAACCAGCACUUUGAGUGUCACGCAUUCUGGUGUGAGCCCAACGCUGGGAGCGUGUCAGAGGCCGUGCAGGCAGCAUGUAUGCUGCGGUAUCAGAAGUGUCUGGUGGCUCGUCCUCCGUCUCAGCGGCCGUGUGGAGCGGCGCCCCCUCCUGAUUCGGUGUCGCGGCGCGUAUCCACCAGCGUGAAGCGUGGCGUGCUCUCCCUCAUCGACACGCUCAAGCAGAAGAGACCCCUGCAAGAGCAGCCCCAGUAACCCCCCAACCCCCCCCCCCCCCCCCCCCCCACUGCCCAUCUCCAGCCAUGACCUUUAACCUCAACCUCUUAACCACUGACCCCGCCCCACAGACCUGCUCAUCUGUACAUAUGUCAGACAAGAAGUAGCGAAACAAAGACAUGAGGAGACGAGGAGCAGAGUGCAGGGGAGUGGAAGGCUGUCCCCCAAAGUGACCCACUGGUAACCUGGCACCAUCAUCUACCCAUUACCUAGAACACACACAGUGUGGGUCAACUCUCACCUUCGGUCUAGUUGACCUCUCCUCCCCAACCCCACUCCUUGACCUCUCCUCCCCAACCCCACUCCUGACCCGACCCCGCCUCACCCUAAGGAACAGGCCUGUCUCUCUUUGAGACACGAGGGACAGAUGGACAACGGACGGUGGACCACAUGGAAAACUCACACAGUCUAACAUCGCCUGCAGCCUCCCAUAGACAACAACACACAAACAUGCGCUGACAAAUCUGAGUGUUUAAUGUCAAUCUCUGUGUCAACCGUACUAGUGACAGCACUGCAUGAGUGGAUGGGUGGUUAGGCAAGUUUUAAUCCACACUACGCUUCAGUCCUGAACACAAUGCAUUUAAACAGACAAUACAAUACUCUUCAGCUGUUUCUCUUUCUCUCUCUCUCUGUAUCUGGUUGUGUCUCUCUCUCUUUCUCUCUCUUUGUAUCUGGUUGUGUCCCUCUCUCUUUCUCUCU